UAUCCGAAUAUCCGGGUUGGCUGCUGGCACGCGGAGGGAGUGACCCGACGCAGAUCUCCACGAGCGCCGCGCCUCAGUGUCACCCUGGCAGAGGCAGCGAGGAGAUCGGCUGCGCCCUGAACAUGGAGACCGCGCUGUAAUCCGACACGGAUCCGCCGAGAUUUUCAUGAGACCGCGAAAGAUUCCACCGCCGCCGCCGCCGCCUCCUCCUCCUCCUCCUCUUCUUCUUCUUCUUCUUCCUCCUUCUCCUCCACCUCCUCCAGCCGCCACCGCCGCCACCAACACCUCCUCCUGCGUCUCGGCUCCGCCAGCCGCGGGCCAGCGAGAAUGGAGAAAGCCGCGCCGAGCGCCUCGCAUCCCGGGGCCGCGAGCAGGAGCGGCCCCGCCGGGGUGUCCGCGUCGUCAGGCGACCGGGGAGCAGCGGCCGGCAAGAGCCCCGGAUCGCGAUCGGGAUCCGGGCAGACAGGCUUCUCCGCCGGAGCGAGACGAGCCGGAAGCGGCGGUGCAGUGCAGCCGCAACUCGAGGGGGUCCUCAGCAAAUACACCAACCUACUCCAAGGCUGGCAGAACAGAUUCUUUGUGCUGGACACGGACGCUGCUCUGCUCCUUUAUUUUGUGAAUGAGCCCAGCAGAGGCCAGAAGCCCCGCGGAGUCCUGCCGUUGACCGGUGCUGUGGUCUCCUUGAGUGACGAAGCCCCCCACAUGUUUGUCGUAAACUCCUCAAACGGAGAGUCCUACAAGCUCAGAGCUGCCGAUGCCAAGGAGCAGCAGUUCUGGGUGAGCCAGCUGCAGGCCUGUGUCAAGUCCCACGCCGAAGGAAGUGCCAAGAUAAGAAAAAAGUCGGAUGAAAACUUGUGUGUGGACAAGGCCAACAACAGAAAGGACAGCCUGGGCAACACUGCCGGGAGGGCGAGGAGCUUCUCUUUGCUCCCUCAUGGCACAUCAAACUCCGCAUCGCCAAGCAAUCAGAAGCACCUGCCACACAGCGGAGGGUCCAGCAUUGUGACCAUCACCCACCACAAGUCUCCGGCUGCGGCCCGCAGGGCCAAGAACCAGUACCCAGGACGCCUGCUUGAAGUCAAAGAGAUAAUGAGUCAAGCGGAGGGGCAGCAAAAGAGCCUCGUCCAUUCUAUAGAAGCUUUGCCGACUCGAGGCCCUCUUACCUCCCUGGACCAAGACCUGCUGCUUCUGAAAGCUACCUCAGCCGCGACUCUCAGCUGCCUCGGCGAGUGUCUCAACAUCUUACAGCAGAACGUCAGCCAGGCGUCCCAGCACAGCAAGACCCUGCCUCCAGACGGUGUUCCUGGAUGGCUGGGCCCAAAGUCCUAUUCUGCUGAGCACCUGAAGAACGACGGUUUAAAUCAAAUUCCUUCCACAAGAUCUGCAGAACCUUCUCCUGCUUUGACCAGCAGAGGCCUUCAGUGCACGGCUGAGCCUCCAGAGCCAGAAGUGUUCAACCCGGCUGAAGAGGUGACGGACACUGAAGAUGAGGAGGAAGAGGAAGAUGCCACAGUGAUGGAAGAGCAGAGGAGCGUCAUCUUGCACCUCCUCUCCAAACUGAAGCUGGGCAUGGACCUCACCAGGGUGGCACUGCCAGCUUUCAUCUUGAAGAGGAAGUCCCUGCUGGAGAUGUACGCCAACUUCAUGGCCCACCCAGACAUGUUCCUCAGCAUCACGGCGGGCUCGAGCCCCGAGGAGCGGAUCAUCCUCUUCGUCGAGUACUACCUGACCGCCUUCCACGAGGGCUGGAAGGGCGCGGUGGCCAAGAAGCCCUACAACCCCAUCCACGGCGAGACCUUCCACUGCUCCUGGGACGUGCCAAAGGACAAGGUGAAGCCCCUGGCCACCGGCGGCCCGCCGCUGCUGCCACCAGGGGCUCGAGCCGAGGAAGACCCCAACGACUGCUACAAGCUGCGCUUUCUGGCCGAGCAGGUGUCUCACCACCCACCGGUGUCGGGCUUCUACUGCGAGUGCAAAGAGCGGCAGCUGUGCGUCAAUGCCCACGUGCUGACCAAGACCAAGUUUCUGGGCAUGUCCGUGGGUGUAUCCAUGGCGGGCGAAGGUGUCCUCUUCCUCCUGGAGCACGACGAGGAGUACGUCUUCACACUGCCCUGCGCCUACGUGCGCUCUAUCCUCACCGUGCCCUGGAUGGAGCUGGGGGGCAAAGUGACCAUCAGCUGUGCCAAGACGGGCUACUCGGCCUCGGUGACGUUCCACACAAAACCCUUCUAUGGGGGCAAAGUGCACAGGGUGACGGCCGAAGUCAAAGACCACGCGAGCAACACCAUCGUGUGCAAAGCGCAGGGCGAGUGGAACGGCACCUUGGAGUUCGCCUACAGCAGCGGGGACACCAAAGUCAUCGACACCAGCAAGCUGCCCGUCAUCAAGAAGAAGAUCCGCCCGCUGGACAAGCAGAGCCCCUACGAGUCGAGGCGUGUCUGGCACGGCGUCACCAGCGCCCUGAGGGAAGGCGACCUCGAUGCGGCCACCGAGAGUAAGAAUGUCAUCGAGGAGCAGCAGAGGGCCCACGAGAGACUGAGGGUCACCAACAACGUCGACUGGAAAGCCAAGUACUUCAACAAGGAGGGAGAGGGAUGGCAAUACCACAGGCCGCUCUGGAAGGAGCUUUGACGAGCCCACCGGUGUGCCGCCAUCACUGUGACGGGUCUCCGUGGAGGAGACGGAGAGGGAACACUACGGACCCUUAAACAAGAGCCAUCUGUCCACCCACCCUGCGGGCUCGGGUAGAGACGUCUUUUUCCGAUUGUACACAGAAUUGUCGAUUUUUUCACUUUGCCAAGGCCUUUUUUUGCACUUGUACCAAGUCGUAUGGCACAGACAUUUCUUCUUCUUCUUCUUCUUCCUCCUCCUACUCUUCCUUCAUGUCUUCUUCCUGAUGCCACCGUAAUGCGACCUGACUCAUGAAUCUGCCAUUCACUCAUCCCACGGGCACCAAGAUGGCAUCAGUACAGGGAGCGGCUGGAGGGGCGGGCAUCGACAUUCCAAAGAGUCUUUCCUUUCCUUUCCCGUCUGUGACGUUUCUCUCCUCGAGCCGUUUGCAAUUAGAAAUAUUUAUUUUUCUUUUGCUUUGCACAUUGAUUAAAAGAUGGACACUUUA